AGAUGAGGAUGUCCAAGAAGAAUUGGUUUGGUAAUAUCAGAAAGAAACUAUUCAGGUCAUCUCCUCCACAUAAAAAUAUCAUUGUUCUUCAUAACAACACAAUUACCAAUAGGACUAGCAGCGCCAAUGGACGGUCAUCUACAAAGAAAAAUAAUGGGCACAUCUAUUUUAUGUCGAAAGAGGAUAUGGCUGCUAUUACUAUCCAAUCUCAUUUUAGGGGACAUCUUGCUAGACGGGCGUUUAAGGCACUGAAAAGCCUUGUGAGGCUUCAAGCAGUGGUACGAGGGGCAUGUGUGAGAAGACAAGCACGGAUAGCUCUGCAUUGCAUGCACGCCCUUGCACGAUUGCAGGUUACUGUCCGAGCUAGGCAACUCCUCAGCAAGUGCAAUGACCGUUGAUAAAAAAUCUUUUUA